GCGCAGCUGCCGGCUCUUGGGUAAUGCUUCACCCAAGAGCUCUUUCCUAGACUACUGCGAGGUACAGACACAUCUGCGCUUCUAAGCACCAUCGCUUACCGGAGUAAAAAACAACAACUAACGACGACGCCUUUCUUCCACGACAACAAUGAUUCUCAACAAGCAUGACAGACAAAGAAUUACCGGCCAGGCAGCAACGAUAUCCGCUAACUCGUUGUACAAAAAGUCUUUGUCCAAGUUUUUGUUGCUCUGUCGGCCAACGAAAAAGGUACGAUGCUCCGCCUCUUACCAUACACCGGCACCUGGGUGCACUUUGUGCUCUUAGUCAUGGGAGAGAGCGACACGCACAAAUACUACCUGUCCAGUGAACGAUACGCUCAUCAAGAGGCAGGUUGGGCACAAGCAGUGCUUCAACUUCGUCACAAAGACAAUGCUUGCUUGAGGCAGUCGUCGUGUUUGACGCAUCAUGUCACACACUACGAGCUGUCUAUGGUUCUUCAAAAGCUUCUCGGCCAUCUGUCUAUACGUAUCUUCUAUCCAUAUCUCACUGCUGCACUGUCACCGUGCUAACUCCAGAUCCUGCUUCCCCCGCUAACAUCAAGAACAAUUCAUGCACGAACCACAGGAUUUCCCGAGGAUCAAGGCUCACAGUAUGUCUUCUCAG